GCAAGAUCAGUCGAUGCUCUUAACCGAUGCCUUAGCAGGAAAAUUUCCUACUGAACCAUCAAUGCUGGAUAAAACUCCUGCUAAGGCUCAAUCUGUGAUUGAUCCACAUUACUCAUCUUCAUACUCUGGCAAGUCUCAUUUGGCGGUACAAGCUAUGGAAGGUCAAGCUGGAGGAAGACCAUCAUUUGAUCAUAAUAGUGGAUCACAUAAUCCUCUUUGUUCUCCUGGACAAAAUGCUGGAGGAAGUUGGAGAUCUAAAGAUACCAUGAAUUCUUUAGCAAGUCGACCUUCAUUGGCAGUUGAAGUUCCCAAGAAUCUGGCAAAUGGUUGGGGUUCUGAUGCUGGACUCAGAAAUGAAGCAACAAAUCUUCCUUCACCUACACCCCAGACUGCUUCAGGUGGGACUAAGAUGCAGGCUUUUGAAAAUAAAUGGUCUCCAACUCCAACCCCUGUCCUAUUGGCUGGCUCUCUCUUAGGAAAUUCACUCCCUGUUGGGCCUGAAAGUCGUUCAAGUUCACAACCUGGAAUGAUAUCAGCUUCUAAAUCAGAUAAUAAUCAAGUACAUGUUCAUGCAGCGUUACCUGCGAUUGCUUCGGGUGUUGACAUUCAGACAGCAGGUGUACACUUGCAAAGUCAGAGUGUCAGUAACCAUACCUCCCGUUCCGAAGGCCAUCAAGGAUGGGGCUCUGGUACGGUUCCAAAGCCUGAAGUACAGACGUGGGGAGGUGCUCAACCUCAAAGGAUAGAACCAAAUAAUCCAGUUACUAUGCCUGCACAGCCAGCUUCCCAUGGUCACUGGGUUGAUACUACAUCCGUCCAGAACUCUGCCUCAUAUAGUAAUGGAAAUCCUAAUGGGGCCUUCUCUACACCGAGCUUUCCAGGCAUGACUACACCUACACCUACACCUACACCUACACCUGAACCAUGGAGACCGCCAAGUUCGAAUAGUCAGUCAAACAUAGCAGCAGCAGCACCAUCCAAUGUACCUUAUGCUGGUUGGGGUAUGCCAGGAAAUCAGAAUAUUAACUGGAGUGGACCUUUACCUGCAAAUGUGAACGUAAACUGGAUGCCUGGACAGGGGCCAGGACCCAGUAAUGCAACUCCAGUAUGGGGUGCUCCUAGCCAGGGACCACCUGCGGCAAAUGCUGUUGGCUGGGUUGCACCUGGUCAAGGACGUUCGCAUGUAAAUGCAAAUGCAGGUUUGGUUGCACCUGGUCAAGGGCCAACGGUGGGAAGUACUAAUCCUGGUUGGGGUUCUUCAUCUGGAAAUCCAGGCACAUGGGGUGGCGAGCAAAGUCGCAAUGGGGAUAGAUUCCACAGCCAGGGCGAUCGUGGAACACAUGGUGGAGAUUCUGGUUAUGGAGGUAAAUCCUGGAACAGACAAUCAUCAUUUAAUGGCAGCGGAAGAGGAGGUUCUUCCAGGCCUCCUGUUGGGGGACAAAGAGGAGUAUGUAAGUUCCACGAGAGUGGACAUUGCAAGAAGGGGGCCUCCUGUGAUUUUAUGCACACUUAA